AAAUCCCCUUAUGACGUCACAGAUACAAUCAUGGCUACCACGAGGUUAUCCACGACUUUGAACAUCGGAAAGACAUUGGUCUCAAGUUUGCGGGCUCUGAGCAAUAAUAUCCCGGAGCCAGUAUCGAAGCCAGCUGGUCGCCAUGUUGUGACAAUGGUGCCCGGAGACGGCCUCGGCCCAGAGAUGAUGGGCGGCGUCUUGGACGUGUUUCAGGCUGCUGGUGUUCCGGUGGACUUUGAGGAGAUCUUCCUCAGUGAAGUUCAACCCGGGCAGAGUGCCAGUCUCUCGACAGCCAUUGAGUCGUUUGUAAGGAACGGCGUCGGGCUGAAGGGCAUCAUCACAACACCUAGCAGCUUCAAGGGCGGAGUACUGCGUACACUCAACAUGAGGCUAAGACGAGAGUUGGAUCUGUUUGCCAAUGUGGUGUGGGUGAGGAGCUUGCCGGGCUACAAGACCCGCCACAACAACCUGGAUUUUGUCAUCAUAAGUGAACAGACAGAGGGGGGUUACAGUGCGCUGGAGCAUGAGAGUGUCGAAGGAGUGAUCGAGUGUCUCAAGAUCAUCACCAGAGAAAAAUCCAUGAGAAUCGCCAAGUUUGCUUUUGACUACGCCCUCCGUCACAACAGGGAGAAGGUCACAGCAGUUCACAAAGCCAACAUCAUGAAGCUUGGUGACGGCCUGUUCCUCAAGUGUUGUGAGGAGGUUGCAGCUCUCUACCCCAAGAUACAGUUUGAAACAAUGAUCAUUGACAACUGCUGCAUGCAGAUGGUGUCAAACCCCCACCAGUUUGACGUGAUGGUCAUGCCCAACCUGUACGGCAACAUCCUCGACAACCUGGCAGCAGGGUUGGUUGGUGGUGCAGGGGUUGUACCCGGCGAGAGUUACAGCAAGGAUGUUGCCAUCUUUGAGCAGGGUCAUCGCCAUGCUUUUGCGGAGGCUGUGGGUAAGAACAUCGCCAACCCAACAGGGGUCCUACUGAGCGCCUGUAACAUGCUCAAACACAUCCACCUGGAGUACCACUCAAAGCUCAUCGAGGAGGCUGUCACCCGUGUCAUCAAGAGUGGGAAGAUCCGCACGAAGGACAUGGGUGGUUAUGGAUCAACCAGCGAAUUCAUCAGCGCCGUCGUCCACAGUCUGUAGAGUCUCCACAAAGCUCUUAUUGUUUGUUAUUUAUUGUAUUUGUCAAAUAAACAUAAAUGUCACGUUUGUCAACAUUUAAAUGCCUAGUGUAUGACAGCAACUUGAAAGAAAAUUGUAGGAAUUGUAAUGAUGUUAAGAUUUUAUGUGUACAUCUGAAGUUAGUCAUAAUGAAAUCCUGUUGGCUGUGAAAAUGUGUUACUCUGUCACUACCUGCAGCUUGUGAAGAAACAGGCUGAUGCUUGGGCCAAAGAUUUCGUAGCAAGCUGGUGAGAAAAAACAAAUAAUCUAAACUGUUCAUUUCAGAAUGAUGUACUCAUGUGCAAUAUCUUAUUUUUGUGAGUUGAAAUUUGUUCCAUAUCGGGUUUUUUCUGUUUCGGUAAAUGAAACGAAGAUGAGCACUGAUGAAUCUCAUUUUGAUAUUUCAAUAUUUUGUUUUGAAUGUUUUAGAGAUUACAGAUUUCUGUAGUUCAGAUGUCACAUUGAACACACAUGCAUGGAUAAGUUUAAGAGUCGCAGUGUGUGUAGUCAGACAUUGUGUAGCUGGAAUACAGAAGAAAAGCUGUCUACACAAAACUGAUUCUCAUAUUUCAAGCAUAUAUUUCAGCAGAAUGAUAGAUUUUCUUAAAAAGUUCAAAAGUUGAGCGGUAUCUAUUCAAAUAAUGUUAAGAACUGUUCCUGAUACUAUCCCAUAAGAGCCCUGCCAUUAAGUUCAGUUCAUUCACAUGUAACAUUAUAAUUAUUUGAAGUAAAUGCAUUUUUAGAUGCACUUUCAAACAGGUUACAAAUGUUCCAGUAGUGGUUUCC